UUGACUUUUCGAGAAGUUGAUCAUCCAACAAGUGUUAUCGCUAGUAGGAAGAUCAGUCAAAACAUUCAAUCAUCAUCAGCAGCAGCAUCCUCUCUGACAUCUUUGACAAACACUAGUCGACCACCAUUGUCACUAUUAGGUAUUCUGGCUGCUAAACGAAUCACACGGAAAUUUUUAUCAACAUUGGCUGAUGAGAAACAUCAAAGACGUCUGAGUACAUUCAGUAGACUAUGGAAAAUCAUGAAUCCAAAUCAUUCAGGAUAUAAAGAAGAGGAAGAAGAAGUAGAAGAAUUAGAAUUAGAAUUAGAAGAAGAAGAAGAAGUAGUAGUAGUAGUAGUAGAAGAAAAAGAAGAAGUAGAAGAAGAAGGAGAAAAAGAAGAAGUAGAAGAAGAAGGAGAAGAAGAAGAAGAAGAAGUAGAAGUAGAAGAAGAAGAAGUAGAAGAAAAAGAAGAAGUAGAAGAAGAAGGAGAAGAAGAGGAAGAAGAAGAAAGGAACUAA